AAUGUCUCACAGUUAUUUUCAAGGUCGUCGUGGGGGCGCGUUGUUAGAUUUGCCGCCAAUGGGUAUAGAAACUCUAGCCAGUCCAGGAGAUGAAAAUACUGAUGAAGCUACUCAGGCUCAACAAGAGGCCAUUGAAAAUGAUAUGAAAUCAACAUGUUUGAUAUCUGCUAUUCUUCCCCUUUCCACGCUGGAUGAAGAUUUCGCUGGCCACACUGUCUAUUUAGAAAAAUUAAAGCUUAUGAAACAAAACUAUCGUGGAAUUCGUCGACUACGACGCGAUGGUAAUUGUUUCUACCGGGCAUUUGGUUUUGCCUAUUUAGAAUAUCUUUUAACUGGAAGACAUGUUAAAGAAGCUGCCAGAUUCAAGAAAAAAUGUGAUGAAUGUAAAGAUACACUGAUUGCAAAUGGUUAUACACAAUUUACUGUAGAAGAUUUCCAUGAACAGUUUGUUGGUAUGGUUGAUCGAUUUACAGUGGAUGGUGGAACACUAGAAGAACUGGAAGAAGUGUUCAAUGAUCAAGCGUAUUCAGAUUAUUAUGUUGUAUUCUUAAGACUUUUAGUUUCUGCAUAUAUUCAGAAAAAGGCAGCAUAUUUUGUAAAUUUUAUCGAUGAAGGGAAGACGAUUAAUCAGUUCUGUGAAACGGAAGUUGAACCAAUGGCUCGUGAAUCAGACAACAUUCAUGUCGCUGCAUUGGCUUUAGCUGUUGAAUUGCCUAUCUAUGUAGAAAAUUGUCAACAAUCGGGUGAACUGAAUCGAAUUGAAUUUCCUGCACACAGUGAUCUAAUGAAUAUGGAUGAUGGUGAUGAACAACAACACGUCUCCGAUGUGACUGGUGGUCGUUGUGAUGGUGGUUGUGGCGGUGCUGGUCAAGAGGCUUCCAAUGAUAGUUGUCAUUGUCAACACCCUGCUGUUCAUCAGGAGAAAGAUCAUAUUAUCGACUAUAAGACGAAUCCUCCAGUCACUCUGUUAUACAGACCAGGUCAUUAUGAUAUCCUCUAUCCUAAUUCAAAAAAAUAAACACGGCGUGGAAAACCAGAAGAGUUUCGGCAGCGAUUUAUUUCCUUGGAUAACAACAAUUGGACUAAUGCAUGAAUGAAUUAAGGAAGGAAUACUUGAAUGUGUUGACUUCGUUUCUCUUUUAUUAGAUAACUAACCAACUAUCUAACUAACUAACUAACUAACUUCUUAAUGCUUUACAAAAUGAAUGACGAAUAGGUCUUCAGUUAUUAUUAUUAUUAUUACCAUCAUUACUAUUUUUUUCUUUCAUGUGUGUAUGUUUGUUUACCUUUGUUUUCUGCUUUCUUGCCUUCGUCUAUACCACCUUUCUCCAACCCUACCCCACACCACUUCACCCCACUUAUUAUCUUGUUUUUGUGUUUUCAUGUGUUAUUAAUGACCACAGUGAUGAUGUUGAUGAUGACGUUGCCUUUUGUUGUUUUGUUCUUUUCCUUUCCAAUGAUAAUUUCCAAAUGAUUUC